UUGGCUGCCAGUCACCCGUUGAACCAACUGCUAAUAAAAACAUCUCUCUCGUGAACAGAAUAUACAACAGCUAUUUUCUCUUUACUCUCCAGAUUCAGAGCCCUGCGCAGAGGGAGCAGGUGCUGGUGGAGGUGGGGAAGAUGAUUGGCUCGUACCCUUUCAAAUUCCAGGGCGCCCGCAUCCUGUCUGGGGUGGAGGAAGGGGCAUACGGCUGGAUCACCAUCAACUACCUGCUCAGCUCCUUCAUCAAGUACUCCUACGAAGGGAAGAGGCUGCACCCCAAGAAUGGAAAGAUCCUGGGUGCCCUGGACAUGGGAGGUGCCUCCACACAGAUCACCUUCACCCCUGAAGGACGGAUUGCAGACAAACAGACCGAGGCCUUCUCUGCGUUUUUCUACACGUUUGACUUUCUUAAGCUGGCUCCACGGUCCUCUCUGGAUGUUACGAAGAAAACCACUGAAGAAUUCUGCAAGAGAGACUGGAGCAGCCUGAAGACAGACUUUCCCACAGAGAAGGAGAAUAAUCUGAGAGAGUACUGCGCCACCAGCUAUUACAUCACCACUCUACUGGCUGAUGCCUACAAGUUUGACAACCAAUCAUGGAACAAGAUCGUCUUUGAGAAGAAGGCUGAUGACACCGAUAUCUGCUGGAUGCUGGGCUACACGCUGAACUUGACCAACCUAAUCCCCACUGAGACCCCUGCAAGGUGAAAGGGCAUGGCUACAGCGUGCGGGCCGCCUCGGUCUUCUUCAUCGUACUGGUCAUUGCGCUGAGCCUGCUGGCCCUGGUAGUGCAGUGCUACACUCAGUGCCGCCGCAGCUUCAACUCACACCAGUCAGCAACUGAGUCACCAAAAAGGGGACAGUGAAGAAGAGGAGGAGGAGGGGGACGAGGUCUGGUUAAUAUAGAGGCCAAGUAUGGAUUUGUCCCCAUCCUGGUUUUUGAUGCUGAAAUGACAGCAAUGGUACGGGUACUUCAGCAAAAAAAUGAUUUUACUGUAUUUUAGUGGAGCUCUGUGCAUGGCACAACAUUUUAUAAACUAUCCUGUAUCAUUCGGAACUUAAGGAUCUGAAAUCUAAAUACUCCAUUUCUGUCUUCAAUUGUACAGUGUAUGAUUACAUUUUUUUAUAUAAAUAUAUAUUGUAGUAUAUUUGGAUUUCUUGGUUUUGGUAUGUUUCUGUUAUAUAGUGUUAUAUUUAUACCGGUUCAGAGGUCUCUAUUGGUAUUUCUGUUUAUUGGAUAUAUAUAAUACUGUAGAAGUGUUCUCUUAGGGGAAAUAGAUGCACAACUAUAUUACUCUAAAAAUGAAUAAUAUUGAUUUCUAGUCUUUAACUGUGGUUUCGGUGUUUUCUCUUCAGAUGUAAAUGAGGAAAGGUUGACACUUUUGCAAUAAAAGGCUUUCCUGUGA